AUGGUAUCAGAAGAGGGAUCACCCCCAAGUGAUCCAGAGGGAAAAGCAAGUCAGCAGCUAAAUGCCAGAGAAGACAGAGUCUGGCUGAGGACUGCAAAAGAGGAGCAGCACAGUGAAGAUGGACAAUGGAGAGUGGUUGAGAUGGUGCAGCGAGAGUCCAGUGAUGUGUUUGGAUUGGUUGGCAGUUCGGUUCGACUAGACACACAGCAUCCUGUACAGGAGUUUGAUGACUUAUCCUGGGUCUUUAACAGAGCUAAAAAUGUUUUAAAAUAUUAUUUUGAAACUAAAAAAUGUAAACAUUAUUCUGCUUAUGAAGGCAGAGUGGAGUUCAACAAUGAAACCUACAGUCUGACACUGAAGAACUUACAGAGGACUGAUAGUGGACUGUAUGAAGCAAAAGCAGCUGGAAUACAGAAUACAGAUGUUGUUAAGUACAGACUCUCUGUGUUGGAUCCAGUGGAAGCCCCAGUCUUGGCUUCUGCCUUUCACCAGCUCAGCGACAACACCUGCAACAUCACUCUCACCUGCAGAGGUCAUGACCUCUCUCUCAACUCCAGCUGCCAUGAUGAAACCUGCGAGGAAAAGGAAGUGACAUUACCCGGAGGCAUCACCCUUUCCCUGUCUGUCAAUGGCAGCAGCAUUAUCUGUAACCAUAGCAACCCAGUCAGCUGGAAGGAGGCUGUUUUGGAGAUGGGAGAACUUAAACAACUCUGUGCUGAUAAAGGAGAACACAGUACAGAGGAACAUGACCUACACCUACAAUUGCUAUUGCUUGCUGUGGUUGUCAUAGCGGUCAUCAUUCUUCUAGUUAUCUUCAUCAGUUUUUAUCUUUACCAGAGGAAAUCAACAGGUCCCAUACAGUGUGAGAACACAGUCUAUGCUGAAGUUGAGAGGAAUGGUGCAGCAACACCACUUAUUGCACUAGAGGCUCCUUCAACUGUGUACAGUGUUAUAAAGAAGAAACCACAACCUACAAGUAAUGGCCAGUCCAGUCAGACCACGCCAGUUCCUGAAAACCAGCAGCGGUCGAUCUCAGCAGAGCCCUGCAUUUCUAGCAUCUAUGAAUCCGUUCCAGAUCAGAUACAACCUAUGAAACCUGGAACCAUUUACGCCACAGUUUCAAAUCUCAAGGCUGUGAAUUAGGCCAAUUUGAAUGGAACGACAUCACUGUGAGAAAUUGAAGUCACUCUUGAUUUACACAGAAGAUUCCCAGUGAUUUCACAGUCAUCUUGUGCGAGUCCACAAAAGUACAACUGGCCCUCCUCUAACUAGAUGUAAAAGAUGGCUUUGGCCCACUGCUGAUGAUAGCCCGUCUUAAAGAACAGAACUUUUUUUCAUACAACAUUUUUGUUUACACUGAGAUACAGUCAUAAAACUGGACAAUUCCAGCUGAAUGUCUUUACAGAUCAGAAACCUUUUCGUUGUAAGUAAAAAUACGUAUGGGGUAGCUCCAGCUUUUAGGGGCCCUAAGUAAGGAUUUUUUGGGGAGGCUCCCAUCUUGCUAAAUGUGGCAGAAGUUUGACGGACAUUUACCCCACCACGGCUACUGUUUGUUUGCUGCCUGUGCUGUUCUUUUUGCCUGGGCCGAAUUUUUUCCCACUGAUUUUACCCCCCAAAGGACAUGCCAAGCCAGAUGCCCCUGCCGGCUGUCUGUCCAGCACCGGCGUCUCUGUGCCACUGGCUGUAUGGCUGUUGGUAUGGCCAACCCAUGUAUCAGUCCUGUCGUCUCACCUUCCCUCGCCGAUUUUGGUGACACACUUGACUCCUCCACAGCUCAGACUGCAGGACUGGUAACAUCUGUGCUCCAUGAAGCUGCUGACCAAACUAUCUCUCUCUCCAGCUCCAACUCCAGGGCCUCAGGCAAGUUGCGCUGGCAGGCCAGCUGUAUGUGGAUGCCAAGGUGGUCUCAGGUUGGCUAACUCUGUACAGAAGAUGGCGAGCAUAAGUCCAUCUAGCUAAAGUUUCAGGAGUUUCAGCUGCCAAAAAGGGGCAAUUUAGUGUGUCAAAUUGGCCUGACUGAAUGUCUUUGGACUGUGGGAUUUAAAUCAGUAAAUUUAUAUGAUUUAUCUCUUCAGUGUCUCUAGUCUGCACAUCUAUAUUUUCUACAGUCCAAAGAUGGCAGCACACUCACUGAGACAACUGUGCUCUCAAUUUCUCUUUGCAGUGUGAAAACCUUGAUUUGCUUACAAA